CACAAGUAAGAUUCCUAACCAAUUCCAUCUCCUCCCAAAUUUAAGAGACCUUGAUUUGUCAUUUUGUGGUUUCAUGGGAUCGAUUCCAUCGACGUUGGCCAACCUAACAGAGCUAGUUAACCUGGAUCUUUCGAUCAACUUCCUCACCGGCUCGCUAUCUCCCUUGCAUUCCAAAGGGCUCUCUUUUUUGGAUUUAAGCAUGAAUUCAUUGAAUGGCGCCAUUCCUAACCAGUUCCAUCAUCUCACAAAUUUGAGUAACCUUGAUUUGUCACAUUGUGGUUUCAUGGGACCAAUUCCUUCAUUUCAUACUUGCAAGGGUCUUGAAUACGUACAUCUGAACCAUAAUAAUUUGACGGGCUCACUUUCUCACUUGCAUUUUCGAGGUCUUACAAACCUCACCAUUUUAAAUUUAAGCCACAAUUCAUUGAACGGCUCCAUCCCUCCCCAUCUUUUUGCCUUGCCCGUUUAUUAUCUUAGUCUGUCCAACAACCAAUUCAGUGGCCAGCUCGAAGAGUUUCCAAUUGUUAAUUAUAACAUUUCUACGCUAGAUUUGAAGAGAAAUAGGAUAGAAGGUCCUAUUCCUAACUUCAUCUUCGAGCUUCGAAGCAUGGACAGUCUCGACCUUUCAGACAACUUGUUCAAUGGCACUUUUAAGAUGAGUAAGAUUCAAAGUUGCCCUUGGAAACUUAUUCUUUCUAACAACAACUUGUCAAUUGACACAACCAACAUGAGUUCAAGUUCACAUGGACAUAUUUGCUUAAAGUGGUUGCAUCUGUCAUCUUGCAAUUUGUACGAUUUCCCAGACCUUAGAAAUCUAUCCUCUUUGUCUAGUUUAAACCUCUCAAACAAUUAUUUGACAGGGGAUAUUCCUAGUUGGAUUUGGGGAACUGAAAUGUCCAAUUUGGACCUUUCUUUUAAUCUUCUUACAUGUGCUGAAAAGUCUCACUAUGUUAAUAAUGCUUCAUAUGUUACAAGACUAAACUUGCAGUCUAACAAGUUGCAUUGUGCCUUCUCUUCCUUGAUCCCAACCUCUUCAAAGUAUUCCGCUAUCUUGCUCGCAAACAAUAGACUAACCGGAGUCCUUCCAACGUUCAUCUGCAAUGCAUCUUCAUUUAGUGUUCUCGACUUGUCUUACAAUAACUUGAGUGGUACCAUACCUCCUUGCCUAAUCAAAAUUGUGCAUGAAGUGCUCAAUCUUAGGGGAAACAAAAUUAGUGGUGUUAUCCCGGAUCAAUUUUCUAGGAAGUGCCGCCUAAAAACCAUAGAUGUUAGUUACAACAACUUAGGCGGAAAGGUUCCUAAGUCUCUGUCAAAUUGUAAGAAUCUACGGGUGAUGAAUGUUGGAAACAACAACCUUGAGGGUAGUUUCCCUUGUAUGCUGCCGUUGAGGUUGCGCAUCCUUAUCUUGCGCUCCAAUAGAUUCCGAGGAGACUUGAGAUGUAGUAAGAGUUGGCCGAAUCUUCAAAUUCUGGAUAUAUCUUCAAAUCAUUUCAGUGGUCGUCUGAAUUUUCUAAACUUGUCAAGUUUGAGAGGAAUGAUGCUACAGAGUCCUACACAUCUCAGGCUCGACCGCUCUAACUCUACCUUUUUAGGUGCCAAUGGUUACUAUCACAAUGAGGUGACAUUAACCGUCAAAGGAGUUGAGGUGAAGCUCGUGAAGAUUUGGCCUGACUUUACAUGCAUUGAUUUGUCUUCCAAUCAUUUUCAUGGAGAUAUACCAGACGCAAUUGAUCUUGGGUCGCUUGACCUCUCUACAAACAAGCUCACCGGGAGAAUACCGGACGAGCUCACAAAACUCGAUUUCCUUUCAUUCUUGAAUCUGUCUUUCAAUCAUCUCACCGGACCGAUCCCAACCAGUAGCCACUUUCAAACGUUUUCAGCAGAUUCAUUUGAAGGAAACGCGGGGUUAUCUGGAUUCCCACUCAACGGAAGUUUCAAGAACCAUCGUCCCCCUGGUCCAUCACCAUCACAGGAUUCGGAACCAAAAGAUGAGGAGACUGAGUGGGAAUAUGUGUUUGCUGCAUUUGGUUAUGUUGUGGGAAUAGCAAGCGUCGCAUGGACAUUGUUAUGUUGCAGAAGGCUGAGAGAAAGAUACUUUGAGAAAAUAGAAGAGGUUGCUGACAAGAUGUUCUUUGAUCGAGGAAGGAGAAGAAGACAUGAAAGAAGCAUAAGAAUGAGCGAAGAGAGGAGGAAUGGGCUUAGGAGACGUCAUCACCAGUCACCACCAGUGAGGUGAUGUGCGAUUUGGUUUAUGUUUAAUUAGCAUAUGGUGUGGUGUGAACUUUCCUUUUAGCAAUAUGUUUUUCUGUGUGUGUUUCAAUGAACUAUUCAUUGGUCAUACAAACAAAUUGUACUCUCUUUGUCCACUAUUAGAAGUUUUGGUUUGCCAUUUCAGUCCUUCCGCAA